AUGGCAGCUCAACUUAAUCUGCCAUUAGAGAGACCUGUUGUAAACAGUCCUGUAAGUGAUGAUAAUUCUGAUCAAACAGUGACAGUAACACCUCCAUCCAAAACUCUAACAUUAGCAUUAAACAGUCCAGAGGGUAUUGAUUGCUAUGGUAACGAAAGAAAAGCUUUAUUAGAUCAAGGAAAGUUCUAUAAUAACCCUGUAUUGAGUGAUAUCAAACUGGUAGUUGGUGGACAGAAAUAUUAUUCUCAUAAAUUAAUAUUGGUUAAAUGUAGUGAUGUAUUUGAAAGAAUGUUUAGUUCAGAUUGGUCUGAUGAAAAUUUAAAGGAGGUUGAGUUAAAAGAAGAUAGUAUUUGUAUUGGUGUGUUUCCCAGAUUUCUCAAAUUCUUAUACACAAAUCAUAUUAAACUAAAUACAGACAAUAGCUUACCAAUACUUAUACUGGCAGACAAAUAUAAUAUAGUAGAUUUAAAAAAUGUCUGCAUAAACUUUGCUAGUACAUGUAUCAUACCAAAAUUACAAUUAAAAGAUGUCUUCCAUAUUUGGUUUCAAUAUGCUACUAAAUGUUACCAUCAAACUUUGAUAACAUGCAGUGUCCAGACAUUAUCAGACAAAAUGGAGGAUAUCACAUCAACCGUGGAGUGGGAAACAGAAUGGAUGAAUUUAGAUCAGGAUCAGUUAAUAGAAUUCCUUAAAAGCUCUGAAUUAAUCAUUAAAGAUGAAUAUGCCUUGUGGAAAGCAACAAUAAAAUGGUUAAAUGCUCCACAGAAUGUAGAGAAGAUACAAGAAAAUUUGAAGAAAGUUUUGUGCUAUAUAAGAUUUCCUAUGAUGGUACCUGAACAGCUGUGUGAAAUAGAAUCAAGUGCUAUCGUUGAACAAAAUACUGAGCUUUUUCAACACCAUUUAAAAUCUGCUUAUAAAUAUCAUUCCUUACCACUUACUACUAGAGCUAAUAUGAAGGAAUUUUCAUCAUCUGCUUUUCUGCUGAGAAAUUAUUCUGAUUUACGCUGGGAUAAAAGACUAAUCAUUCCAAAAUAUUCAACAUUACCAAAAGGUGAAGAAGUGAGUCUGAGAUUUGCUACAAGAGCAUCUUCAUUUCCAGCACAGACCUGGGAAUGGGAAUUAAAAAUCAGUCCUAAAGGAUUUUCACCAACUUGUGAUGACCUAAGAACUAUACUUUAUUCUAAUCUUAUAUUAGAUCAACCACGUCCAGUGGAAUAUCUCUUAUCAGUGGUUGGAAGUGACCAAAUCUUACAGUCUGUCUGUGGUCGCAAAAACUUUACCAAGGCUCGUUACUCAAUUGAUACAGAAUUAGAGAAGAAAAUAUCUGUUAGUGAUUUAAUGACAUCAAAUUCACCUUUAUUAGUUAAUGAUUGCUUACACUUACAGAUACACCUUAAACCUGUUGAAUAA